AUGGUGAUUGAUAACGCACCGGCUCACGUGGUACUGGAGAACCUUUCUGCCGUGAAGCUGGUGUUCCUGGUAGCAAACACAACCGCACUCUCACAGCCCUUGGACCAAGGAAGCAUUUGGUCUGUCAAACACUUGUACCGGCAAAACAUGCUGCGCAGGAUGCUUCUUACAAUUGAAAGUGACAAGACUUACAACAUCGACAUGCUGGGUGCGAUCCAUUUGCUGGCGCAUACCUGGCAGCAAGUAAAAGCCGCAACUGUGAAGAACUGUUUCGCACGUGGACAGUUCGUUAUGCCCGCCCAAGAAAUUAACUCAAGCAAAGUGGAUGCGGAUGAAGAAGUGGCUGACGACAGCGACUGCGAGGCGCUGCUUGCAGAAGUUUUGGAGCGACAAGGUGGCGGCGACACAGUGCCGUUUUUAGCGUUUUGCGACGUCGAUAAUGACACCGAAACUUAUGAAGAUUUGUCCGACAGUGACAUUGUAAACUCGCUUAGUACCAAAUUAUGCAGCGCAAGCGACGGUGAGGACGACGACAAUGCCGAGCUGGAAGAUGUGCCGUGUCCGUCCUUUGGAGAAGCAGUGUGA